AUGAUCAUUGCCAAAAAGAUCAAGGUACUCAACCCAGUCGUCGAACUAGAUGGCGAUGAAAUGACCCGGGUUAUCUGGCAAGAUAUCAAAGAUCGAUUCAUCUUCCCAUAUCUGGAUAUCGACCUGAAAUACUACGAUCUAGGUCUUUUAUACCGAGAUCAAACAAAUAACACAGUAGUUCUGGAAUCUGCUGAAGCGAUCAAGAAAUACUCCGUUGGAGUCAAAUGUGCCACUAUAACCGCAACUCCGGCACGAGUGAAAGAGUUCGGUCUGAAAGAGCUAUGGCCAUCCCCUAAUAUCACUGUGCGAAGCGUUAUUGGCGGUACUAUCUUCCGUGAACCAGUCAUCAUCCCUCGAGUUCCGCGAUAUGUUCAAGGCUGGCAAAAGCCUAUUGUCAUCGGACGCCAUGCUUUUGGUGAUCAUUCUCGGGCAAAGGAGCGGGUUAUUGAGGGUGCAGGGAAAUUAGAAAUGGUAUUCACACCGAAGGGUGGACAGCCUGAGACUAUUGAAGUCUAUGAUUAUCCUGAAGAUGGGGGUGUGGGUCUGACGAUGUAUAACACGACGCGAUCAAUCACUGAGUUUGCCCAUUCUUGUUUCAAAUAUGCGCUCUCGAAGAAGAUGCCACUUUAUUUGAGUACCAAGAAUACCGUCCUCAAGCACUAUGAUGGUCAUUUCAAGAAGAUCUUCGAUGAUCUAUAUCAGUCGGAAUAUGCCGCUCAAUAUGAAGCUGUGGGCAUUUCAUAUGAGCAUCGACUUAUCGAUGAUAUGGUGGCCUAUAUGAUCAAGAGUGAAGGCGGUAUGGUUCUCGCUUUCAAAAAUUAUGAUGGUGACAUCCAAUCCGAUAUCGUCGCCCAGGGCUUCGGCUCCCUGGGUCUCAUGACCUCGAUCUUGGUUUCCCCAGAUGGCCGAACAUUCUUCACAGAGGCGGCUCACGGUACAGUGACUCGUCAUUAUCGAGAGCAUCUCGAAGGUAAAGAAACGUCCACGAAUCCCAUUGCGUCCAUAUUUGCAUGGACAAGAGGUUUGAUGAAACGGGGAGAGCAGGACGGGACACCAGAGCUUGUUUCUUUUGCAGAGAAGUUGGAGAAAGCUUGUAUUGAUACCAUUGAGGUUGACGGGAUUAUGACGAAGGAUUUGGCAGAUGCUUGUAAGGGAAAUGAGACUUGGGUUGUGACGCGUGUCUAUAUGGAGGCAGUAGAUAAGAGGCUUCGAAGUCUCUUGGGCGAUGGAAAUUGA